AUGUUGCCCAAGGAGAGUAAAGAUGAUUUUAAUUCAUUAUUUACUGAUUUUUCGGAAUACCAAAGAAUUAUGAAUAGAAAUAUAACGAAUUAUGAACACGUUAAUUGGUAUAAUAAAUGUCUGAAUUUUAAUAACAUGUUCUAUACUGCCAAUAUAAUGAACAAAGACAAUUUAUGCAUUCAAGCGAUGAGAUAUUUAUAUAAUAUAUCCAGUGAUAUCAAAAAUCCCCUAAAAGAAAACCACUUUAAAUACUUGUAUUAUUGGAUAUAUAAGCAUCACAUAAAAGCGGCAAAAGAUAGAAACUACAUCAAAGAAUUCUAUAAGGAAAUAAUUAGGGUAUACGAAUAUGCUGGUAUGUAUAUAUAUUUUGUAAAUUCUUUUAGAGAUCUCAAUUUUGAUAAUGAAUUGGAACUAAUCAUAGAUAUAUGUGAUAUAAGCAAGAAACUUAAUGAUAUAAAAUACUCUACUUUUACAUCUUGUAAUAAAAAAACAAAGUGCGAUUGUGCAGACGAAUGUGCUGAUAUAUACGUCCGCGGACAUAAGAUAUGUGAGAAUAAUUGGGAUAAACAUUUUUGUAAAAUAUUAAAAAGUUAUAAAAAUGAAUACAAUGCAUUAAAUUUAUCAAAUGAUUGUGAUAAUCUAAAAUUCAAAACAUGGCCUUCUGAUAAUUUUGAGAAUAUAAUAUUACCUUCUGCCCAAAUUAAUAAAUCAAAAACUGCUAUAAUAUCAUCUUUUCUAAUAUUAAUAAUACCUGCUUUUUUAUUUAUAAUUUAUAAGGUUAAAUACGAUUUCCUGCCAUAUAAUACAUGCUUACAUCGUGAAAUAAAAGAGAUAAUAAAUAAGUGUCGUGGUCUCAAGAAAGAAUGGAGUAAAUCAGAAAACUCAGAAAUAUAUAACAAUAUAUGUAGGAAUAGUAAUUAUAAUGUCAUAUAUAGUUCCCAUUAUAUUGACGAUUAA